AUGGACAAUAAAGAAGCAUUGGUCAGAUAUCAUCACCUUCCUGAGCAAAGUAUUCUUGACCAAUUUAAACGGCGGGACGGUCAAUCUUUAUCGGAUCGUGCUAUUCCUGAAAUUACGAAUGAUUUGCUUCCAUCUUUUCCUGUGGGAAGAUUUAAAGUUUCAUCCCUCCUGGAAAGGAAUCGUUCUUCUAACCUUUCUAAAAAGGUGAAUUCACGUCAAAGAAAAAAGGUAUCCGAUUUACCAAAAGUAUCUUAG